AUGGUAACGGAUGUGAAGACACUGCACACUUGCAGGGAACCUCAUCAGCAAAGGAAUUUCAGGCCCAACCGGCAACUGGCCAGCAUUGUGGAAAUAGUCAAGAAAUUCAGCCUUCAGGCGGCCAAAGGGGUGGAAGUGCUGGGAAGGGUUUGCAAGAGACACCAGGAGCCCCUGAAGCUCUUCUGCGAAGACGACCAAGCCCCCAUCUGUGUGGUGUGUGACAAAUCCAAGGAGCACAGGAAGCACAAAGUGAUCCCGAAGGAGGAGGCCUUUGAGGAGUAUCAGGGUAAAAUCCUGCGUCAUUUGGAGUUCCUGAACAAAAAGAGAGAAGAAAUUCUGUCUUCUAAACUGAAUGGGGAGACCGAAAGCCAGAAUCUGCUGAAGCAGACAGACAUGGAGAGGCAGGAAAUCAUGGCCGAUUUCAAGCAAUUGCACCAGUUUCUGGAAGAACAAGAGCACCUCCUGUUGUCUCAGUUAAAGGAACUGGACAAUGAGAUUAAAAACUGUAGGAAUCAAUAUAUUGCCAAACUCUGUGAGGAAAUGGCCUCCCUUGACAACCUAAUCAGGCAGCUGGAGGAGAAACAGAAGCAGCCAGUGACUGAAUUCUUGCAGAAUAUGAGAAGCAUCCUGGAAAGAUGUAAUGAAAAUAAGAAUAAAACCAUCAAUGCAAUAGCAUUUCCUCGUGGAUUAAAACAGCAAAUAGAUUAUUUCUCCAAAAUACAUCCUUUUUUGGAGAAGGAGACCAAGAAAUUCAAAGACGCUGUGCUCUCGGGACCUCAAGAAAAUAAAGGUACAUUUCCAGGUGAAGACAUGGCCAUUCCUAAACUAGUCCUAGAAGCGUAUGGCCAAGCGCCAACCCGAGACAUAUAUAUGAAGCCACCAUCGUUUGCCUUCGGAUUCUCAACAAGCUAUCAUUCAUUGACCCCGUUGAACCAAUCAUUCGUUGACCCCGUAUACUCAAAUAAGAACAUUAAUUGUUGUUCCUAUGUUAUGGGAGUUGAGAGAAUCACCUCAGGGACUCAUUCCUGGGUAUGGGAUGUGGGGAACGAGAACUUCUGGGCUGUGGGGGUUGUCAAGGAGUCUUUAAGGGGUCACAAUAUUGUCAAUUUGAAUGAUGGAAUUGGGAUCUGGGCUAUUGGAAGGAUUUCUACUGGUGCAUAUUAUGCUUCCACUUCUCCUGGAAUAUCUCUGGGACCAUCACCCUCGGCCAGCACACAACACCUUACCUUUGGGAUUUGGCCAAAGAGAAUUCGUGUGCUUGUGAACUAUGAAGCACAAGUAAUACUCUUCCGUGAUGCUGACUCAAAUAAUGAUCUCUUUACCUUCUUCCCUGCUUUGUUCUCUGGGGAGAAAAUCUGCUCCUUUGUCUGUGUGGGGAAAUGAGAUGAGGUUGCCAUUUGGUGCAAACUUGACAGGCCAGCGGGAGGUGCCAAGUCCUUUAAAACCAGGGAUGGGUGGGGAAGUUUAAAAAAACAGUGUGGGGGGUCAGGAGGAAGGAACUGAAUCCUCUCCCCACCCAUACUUUCCUCCCUCAAAGGUCUGGGGAAAGAACUUUUUUUGGGGGUGGGUAUGUGUGGUGUGGAAAGGGCUCAGGAUAUUAAGUCCCCGCCCCAAACUGCCAACUUCUUUAGAGGGAAUUAGUAACAGUCUGACUCUAUCAUGCAGUAUUAUUGCUGUCAAGUCUGAAUGGGCCCUGCAGACUUUCUCCUCCAAAUAGCGUUCUGUUGUGGGAAACAAAACACAUGAAAACUGCCAUUCAGACACAGCUUCAGGGGGAAAUAGUAGCUGAAGAGGGGAGGCUUUUCAAUGAGGAACUGGCAUGAGGCCCUGAUCCAGAUUGGCAGCGUGCUUCGGAUCACAACCCCAUGGCUAUAUUUUAUUCAGAACAGAAACACACAAAAUAGAAGCAUGAUUAAAAAGGAAUUGUCUGCAAAUACAUGAUACACAAAUAGAGACUUGAUAUGGGGGCAUUUAAAUGCCCCCUUACUUAUCUAAAGAGGUGGGUUGUUUUAUGUGCUUCAAGUAGUUGUUCUAUGUCUUUUUAUAAUUGUUUAGUUGUUGUCACUCACUCUAGGACCUGAUGUCGAAAGGUAUGUAAGAAACCUUGUAAAUAAAUAAAAGCAAUUCCGCUUACUGCAUAUGUGCGUGCCAUUUAUCGCUGCAGAUGUUUAUAUGCUAGUUGGACAGCAGGGCCGGCACACCCAUGUGGCGAGGUGAGGCAGUUGCCUCGGGUGGCAGAUCCAGCCUCCGAGAAGAGCGCCACCGCAAUGUAUAUUCUGAAUCAGUGUAUAUAAUACAGAGGUUUAAUACGGAAAAGAGAAGGUUCUAUUUUCAUUAUAUGUGUGAUCGUCUUUGCCUAUGCAAACUUAUUACUAAUUAUUACUAAUGUAUGUGUGUAAAUAUGUUGAAGAUCUAACAUGUUGCUACAAAAUUAAUAAAUAAAGGUGAAAUGAGGAAUGUUA